UUGUCCAGAUUUGGAUUUACAGUGUCACACCAGGCACGGAUACUGUAACCAUACGUGCCUGCCUGACGAAGUGGCUCUGUCAGGAUUCUGCAAGUACGACAACUGCUCAUGCUGCGUUAGGGGAACAACAGACCCGUGCCCAGAUCUGAACAUGCAGUGCAACGCCACCGGGGGAUACUGCCACCGCGAGUGCCAGUCUGGCGAAGUGGCUCUGACGGGGCUCUGCGCUCACGAAAACUGCUCCUGCUGUGUCAGGAGACAGAACCUUGUCCCGAUUUGGAGCAACAGUGUCACUCCAGACACGGAUACUGCAACCACACGUGCAUGUCUGACGAGGAAGCUCUGUCGGGGCUCUGCAAGUACGACAACUGCUCCUGCUGCGUCAAGGUGUCAACAGACCCGUGCCCAGAUCUGAACAUGCAGUGCAACGCCACCGGGGGAUACUGCCACCGCGAGUGCCAGUCUGGCGAAGUGGCUCUGGCGGGGCUCUGCGCUCACGUAAACUGCACCUGCUGUGUCAAGGAGACAGAUCCUUGUCCCGAUUUGGAGCAACAGUGUCUCUCCAGACACGGAUACUGCAACCACACGUGCAUGUCUGACGAGGAAGCUCUGUCGGGGCUCUGCAAGUACGACAACUGCUCCUGCUGCGUCAAGGAGACAGAACCUUGUCCCGAUUUGGAGCAACAGUGUCUCUCCAGACACGGAUACUGCAACCACACGUGCAUGUCUGACGAGGAAGCUCUGUCGGGGCUCUGCACGCACGAUGACUGCUUCUGCUGCGUCAAGGUGUCAACAGAUCCCUGUCCAGAUCUGAACAUGCAGUGCAACGCCACUGGUGGAUACUGCAGCCACGAGUGCAAUUCUGACGAAGAACCUCUUUCGGGACUCUGCACGCACGAAGACUGCUUCUGCUGUGUCAAGAAGACAGAACCUUGUCCCGUUUGGAGCAACCAGUGUCUCUCCAGAGACACGCAUUACGAUACUGACAGGAACCCACCAUGGUGGCAUGUCUGA